AGAAUUGCGAGGAUAAAGCAUAGACCCAAUACGAGGAGAGGAUAGCAUAUCCAUGGCCUCAGUAAUUAAACCGGUUUCCUUCUCUCUCCAAGUUCUUCUCUUGCUUUCCUUUUUCAUUGUCUUCUCAGUAGCAUCAAAGACUGCAGACCCAACACCAGCGCCAUGGCCUCUCCAAUUCCACUCGAUACUCUUCAUGAACGACAGCACCGGCCAGCUUCAGGUAACGGACCUCUGGUACGACUGGCCUAAUGGCCGGAAUUUCAAUAUAAUCCAGAAUCAACUAGGAAAGCUGCUUUAUGACCUGGAAUGGGAUAAUGGCACUUCGUAUUACUACACCCUGGACUCCAAUCAAGAAUGCAAAGUCCGACAUUUCCCGGUGGGUAUUCUCCGACCGAACUUUCUGGACGGUGCUACCUAUUUGGGUCAGAAGCAAGUUGAUGGCUUUCUCUGUAACGUAUGGGAGAAGGUUGAUUUCAUUUGGUACUAUGAGGAUGUGGUAACAAAGAGACCAGUGUACUGGGUCUUCUACACAGUUUGUUUUUCAGGGAUGGUUAUUCAUGUGAUGACCUUCGAAGUGGGAGCAGUGCUAGAGGAUGAAAAGUGGCAAGCUCCUGUUUACUGUUUUAAGGAGAACAAUCCUUAUCCUGUAAUUGAAUCUUUAUCUACUGUUGGUAGUGGUGGAUCUUUCAGGGGUUUGAUGAGAGGAGCGUUUGAUGAUUAAAUGGGGCAGUAAUAGAAUUUGCUUGUUUGUUUUCAGAUUCAUAUCCAAUGGCAUUAACAGUUGCAUCUUCGUAAUCUAUCUGUUUCAAAUGAAUAAUAAUUUUGCGUUGGACAA